AUGGAUUGGAUGAAAAACAAUGUUGAACCCGUCGUCCCCGAGACCCGUAUUCGUGGAAUUGUAGUCGGAAACGAGGUUCUAGGCAGUGAUCAGGAACUCUGGGAGGUCCUACUACCGUCGGUGGAAAACAUCCACACUGAUCUCGACCUCCUCCACCUAGCCGACGAUGAGGUUUCAAGCCCACAUUCCGCUGGAAUAGAAGACGCGAAAACGAAAUUACAUUAUGAUAACAUGUUCGAAGCACAAAUCGAUGUCACUUACACUGCUUUGGAAAAAGCUGGAUUUGAGAAGAUGGAUGUUAUAGUAUUGGAAACCGGAUGGGCUUCAAAUGGUGAAGCGAAUGAAGCCGGAGCUAUGUUGAGUAAUGCGAGAACAUAUAAUCUCAACUUACGUAAAAGACUACUGAAGAAGAAAGUUGUGAACUUUACCCUCAUUGAUCUUCCUGGCUUGACAAAAAUAGUUGUUGAGGGGCAAUCUAAUAGCAUUGUGCAAGAUAUUGAAAACACGGUGAGGUCAUACAUUGAAAAGAUGAUGUCGAAUCCGGAAUCGAUAAGAAUGGCGACAGAUAGCAUGAAAUACAUGAAAGUUCAGGACUUGAGGCAUGCUGGAGAACAGUUGAAGUCAACUUGA